GCCUUCGCUCCAGCGCGCUCUGGGAGAGUCCUGUUCCUGACUUCUCGGGGGUUUCACAGCACAGACAACUGUAUGCGGGCCCAAGGGAGGCUGAAAGGACUUGUGUGUGGUGGUUUAAUCGCCUUUCAUCACUUCGCGGGCGGCCUCCCCAGCCCUGCCUGGAGCUUCACAGCGGAUUUCUUCCUGCCUGAGCCGCCCAGGAGGGAUCCCUUCUCCUUCUGCUGACUCUUUCUAUUUUUAUGGUUUAAGUGUAUCUAUUCAUGGGGCUGAAAAGCGUUUGCAAGUCCAUCAACAACGGCGAAGUGUGGCAAGCCGGCCAGCGUCCCGCCGCCUGCCUGUGGUCAGGCAUUCCUCACUCCCACCGAGCAGAAGGUCAAUAAAAAUGGAGGCGAGCUCUUCCGGAACCACGGGUGGGAAGGCCAAAGCCUCCCACGCAGUGGCCAAGGACGUCAAUAUUCUUUUUGAUGAAUUAGAAGCUGUCAACAGUCCUUGCAAAGAUGACGAUUCUCUCCUUCACCCUGGAAACCUGACCAGUACUUCAGAUGAUGCUAGCAGAUUGGAAGCAGGGGGAGAGACAGCGAGGGAGAAAAACAAAUCCAAUGGACUUUACUUCAGAGACGGAAAGUGUCGGAUUGACUACAUUCUCGUGUACAGAAAAUCCAACCCCCAGACGGAAAAGAGAGAAGUAUUUGAAAGAAAUAUCAGAGCAGAAGGAUUACAAAUGGAAAAAGAGUCCUCUCUAAUAAAUAGUGACAUUAUCUUUGUGAAGUUGCAUGCCCCAUGGGAAGUGCUUGGAAGAUACGCAGAACAAAUGAAUGUAAGAAUGCCUUUCAGGAGAAAAAUCUAUUACCUGCCCCGCCGGUACAAGUUCAUGAGCAGGAUCGAUAAACAGAUAAGCAGGUUUCGGAGAUGGUUACCUAAGAAGCCCAUGAGGCUGGACAAGGAGACACUGCCAGACCUGGAGGAGAAUGACUGCUACACUGCCCCUUUCAGCCAGCAAAGGAUCCAUCACUUCAUCAUACACAACAAAGACACCUUCUUCAACAACGCCACGAGGAGUAGAAUUGUACAUCAUAUCUUACAAAGAAUAAAGUAUGAAGAAGGAAAAAACAAAAUUGGUCUGAAUCGCUUGCUUACCAAUGGCUCCUAUGAAGCUGCUUUUCCUCUACACGAGGGCGGUUACAGAAGUAAAAACUCCAUUAGGACCCACGGAGCGGAAAACCACCGACACCUGCUCUACGAGUGCUGGGCCUCCUGGGGCGUGUGGUACAAAUACCAGCCUUUGGAUCUUGUAAGGCGCUACUUUGGAGAGAAGAUUGGGUUGUAUUUUGCCUGGUUGGGCUGGUACACCGGCAUGCUCUUCCCAGCUGCCUUCAUUGGACUGUUUGUCUUUUUGUAUGGAGUCAUUACUCUGGAUCACUGCCAAGUCAGUAAAGAAGUCUGCCAAGCUACAGAUAUCAUCAUGUGUCCUGUAUGCGAUAAAUACUGUCCGUUCAUGAGGCUGUCGGACAGCUGUGUUUAUGCCAAGGUCACCCAUCUUUUUGACAAUGGAGCCACUGUCUUCUUUGCUGUUUUCAUGGCAGUCUGGGCGACAGUUUUCCUGGAGUUUUGGAAAAGACGGCGGGCAGUGAUUGCUUACGACUGGGAUCUGAUAGACUGGGAAGAGGAGGAGGAAGAAAUACGGCCCCAGUUUGAAGCCAAGUAUUCCAAGAAGGAGCGGAUGAACCCCAUUUCGGGCAAGCCGGAACCAUACCAAGCAUUCGCAGACAAAUGCAGCCGGCUGAUCGUUUCUGCGUCAGGAAUAUUUUUUAUGAUCUGCGUGGUGAUCGCCGCAGUGUUUGGGAUCGUCAUCUACCGGGUGGUGACCGUCAGCACUUUUGCUGCCUUCAAGUGGGCGCUAAUCAGGAAUAACUCUCAGGUUGCAACCACAGGGACCGCUGUAUGCAUCAACUUCUGUAUCAUUAUGCUGCUGAACGUGCUCUAUGAAAAAGUUGCGCUUUUUCUGACCAAUUUAGAACAGCCUCGCACAGAGUCGGAGUGGGAGAACAGCUUCACCCUGAAAAUGUUUCUUUUUCAGUUUGUCAAUCUGAACAGCUCCACAUUUUACAUCGCGUUCUUCCUUGGAAGAUUUGCAGGACACCCAGGUGCCUACUUGAGGCUGAUAAACAGGUGGAGACUAGAAGAGUGCCACCCUAGUGGAUGCCUUAUUGAUCUCUGUAUGCAAAUGGGUAUCAUAAUGGUGCUAAAGCAGACCUGGAAUAAUUUCAUGGAACUUGGCUACCCGUUAAUCCAGAACUGGUGGACGAGAAGAAAAGUGCGACAAGAACACGGGUCUCAAAGGAAGAUACGGUUCCCACAGUGGGAGAAGGACUACAACCUCCAGCCGAUGAACGCCUACGGGCUCUUCGACGAAUACCUAGAAAUGAUUCUGCAGUUUGGAUUCACAACCAUCUUCGUGGCAGCUUUCCCCCUAGCACCGCUCCUGGCCUUACUGAAUAACGUCAUUGAGAUUCGACUCGAUGCGUACAAAUUUGUCACGCAGUGGAGGCGGCCUUUAGCUUCAAGGGCCAAAGACAUAGGAAUCUGGUAUGGAAUCCUGGAAGGCAUCGGAAUUCUGUCUGUUAUUACAAAUGCGUUUGUCAUAGCGAUAACAUCUGACUUUAUCCCUCGCUUGGUGUACGCGUAUAAGUAUGGACCUUGUGCGGGCCAAGGAGAAGCUGGGCAAAAGUGCAUGGUUGGCUAUGUGAAUGCCAGCUUGUCCGUGUUUCGAAUUGCCGACUUUGAGAACAGAUCUGAGCCUGAGUCUGACGGCAGUGAGUUCUCGGGGAUGCCGCUCAAGUACUGCAGGUACCGAGACUACCGUGACCCUCCUCAUUCACUGGUGCCCUACAGCUACACACUGCAGUUCUGGCACGUGCUAGCAGCUCGACUGGCUUUCAUCAUUGUGUUUGAGCACCUCGUGUUUUGUAUAAAGCACCUCAUUUCAUAUCUGAUCCCAGACCUCCCAAAAGAUCUAAGGGAUCGAAUGAGAAGAGAGAAGUACUUGAUCCAGGAGAUGAUGUAUGAGGCGGAACUGGAGCGCCUCCAGAAGGAACGAAAGGAGAGGAAGAAAAAUGGCAAAGCGCACCACAAUGAGUGGCCGUGACGAGGCAAUGGUUCAUUUCCAGGCCAAAGACCUGACUUCUGUUUACUUCUCCUGGCUGUGCAAAAGCACACUCCAGCGAAUGACUGAAACGCAACCGCAGUGCAUGUCGCAGACAUCGGCAGCCCGGGAGUCAGCACCCGCCGAGGACGCGGGGGAGUCACCAUGCCGCCCGCACACAACUGCUAUCUACCCAUAGACCAUUCUCGACCAAGCAAGCAUGCACGUCAUGGGCAGUUACAUUCUCGAGUUUUUAAAACCAAGGGGAACUUGUAUACUGGGCCUGUUUUUCAGCCUGUUUGCUACCUUUUUUGCAUUCUAUCCCGUGGGAAUUUUACAGACACUGGGCUAAAAAGGGUAUCCGGACACCUGGACACACAUUCCUAGAAUGUCUUCAUAUGGUCCUGAUUCCAUGUCACCCAAACAACACAAACAAGACCCUGUUUACAACUUUUUCUUUCUUUUCUUUUUUUUUAAUUUCAGAUGUUUCUGAGGAGAUUAUUAUAUAUGACAUAUCUAUAGCUAUGUGUAUGGCCAUAGAUGUAUUUCUGUGUGUACAUAUGUAUAGUCAUGUAUUCUUACAUAUGUACAUACAAGUACAGAGAUAUAUAAAGUACAUAAUUCCUUACUUGUAAAUAGCCAACAGGUACUGACAUGAAUGAUGAAUUUUCACAUUUAAAUAGUCAUCAACAUGAAGCCAUGUUUAAUGCUUGUAUAAUGUGAUGCAAUAAAAUUUAAAAUAAAUUUAUGCACAUGGAAUAUUUUC